AUGCGGCUGACCACAUGUACCUCUCUCUUGACGAUACUUGCUGGCCCAGCGCUUGCGAAACUGAAUUCUCACGAAGCAACACAUAGGAUAACGUUUGGUAACUCACGGCUGAAUGUCUCUCUAGACAAGACCACUGGCCUGAUCGACAUUCUCACUCUUGACAAUCAAAAUCUGCUCGGCACCAAGAACGGCUCAACAGGUGUGGGCCCAUAUCUCGAUUGUUACUGUACUCCUUCCGGCGCCUACACUCCCUUUCGUUCACAAAACAAUACCCACUACACUCUCCUCUCGGGCAUAGAUACCACCAAUACGCCAUGGAUUGGGGUCAUACAAUUCGAGAUUUAUGCACCCACCAACCAAACAUUUCAACAAUACUUCUUCCUGAGAGGCGAAGAAACUGGAUUGCAUACAUUCACUCGUCUCACAUAUCAUAAUUUAACAACGCCUUUCCUUCGCAACCUGCAAGAAUUGAGAACAUUGUUCAGACACAAUACGAAAUUAUGGAGCCAUUUAUCUACUACUGCCGACGUGUAUUCACCCUUGCCGAAUUAUAAUCCUGCUGCUCCAGCUCUCAAUACCACAGCACCGCACGGGCAAGCAAUGGUACAAGAUGCCACCUGGUUGAUUCCCAAUGCUUCUGACCCAUACGUGGAAUCAACAUCAUCUUACUAUACCAAGUACACAUUCUCGGACUCUUGGAGACAUCAUACAGUUCAUGGGUUGACUUCAACUCCAUCUGCUGCUAGUGACACAUUCGGUGCAUGGUUUGUCAUGGCGAACAAGGAUACAUAUUUCGGUGGCCCUACGCACAGUGACCUUACAGUCGACGGUUAUGUCUACGAUUACAUUGUGUCAAAUCACCAUGGCGAUCAGACUCCGAACAUCACGAACGGUUUUGAAAGGACUUUUGGGCCCGGUUUCUACUACUUCAAUCACGGAAGUAACGGAGAGUCGUUACAGCAACUGAGAAGUGAUGCUGAAAAAGUAUACGCGAAUGCUGGAAAAUGGUCAGACUUCUACGAUAGCAUCGCGCCACACGUAGAAGGCUACAUUCCAUCCUCAGGCCGCGGGACCUGGUCAGGUCACCUUACUCUACCAAAGAAAGCGCAAAAUGCGGUUGCCAUUCUGAGUGCUGCGGGGAUUGAGAUCCAGGACAACGUCUUCGAUACCACGGCACAUCAAUACUGGGCCGACAUCAAUCAGGAUGGAUCAGUAACCAUAGACAGGGUCAAAUCUGGUACAUAUCGUCUUACCAUCUACGGAAGCGGCAUUUUCGGUCAGUUUAUACAUGAUAAUAUCAUCGUAAAAGCUGGACAUACCACCAAAACUUCAGCAAUCUGGCAGUCAGAAAGCGCAGGAACAGAGCUCUGGAGAAUUGGAACACCAGAUUGGAGUUCGGGAGAGUACUUGCACGGCGAACAUCCCGAUCCAACACAUCCUCAACACCUAGCCGAAAGAAGAAUCUACUUCGCCGUGUACGACUUCGUCAAAGACUUCCCACAUGGCGUCUCCUUUCACGUUGGAAACGAUAGUAUCGCCAAAGAUCUAAAUUAUGUUCAUUGGUCCGUCUUCGGUGGCUACGGGAAUUCCAUCCGCACAGAGCCAUAUCAUGAGAAUGGAAUCGUGAACAACUGGAAGAUUCUGUUUGAUGCCUCAUCCCAAGACCUUUCCGACAAGACUACCGCGACUUUCACCAUCCAACUCGCAGCAGCCAGGACCGCCGCGGGAAAUACUGACAUCUUUAAUUCGAGUCAACGGUACUCAAAUCUUCCAUACACUGUCUCUGUCAAUGGUCAUCAUUUGGAGCCUUGGAUCAUACCCUCCUGUGCAGUGAGAUCUGCCGUGAGCUGCUAUCACUUAUCGCAUAAAUUCGUUUUUCACGUGUCGAAGCUCAGAGUUGGGAGGAAUGAAUUUCUGUUGAGUUUGCCGCGGAAUGCUACAGGUGAUGACAGUGCGUUGUUGGCGGAGAGUGUGUAUGUGCAGUAUGAUGCUUUGAGGUUGGAGGUGAAAUAG